AUUAAGUGCAUCAAAUACGGUACGUGAGCUACUUUGGAUUUCGUUGUACAUCGCGGAUAAAAAUUAAAUAAAUACAAUAAAUAUACAAUUUUAAUUUGAAAACUAGACCGAGUUUUAAAGUAUGUCUGCUGUGGCCAAACCAACGCCAUCAACAAGUGCUGGCAGUAGUUCAGCUAAUGGCUCAGCAGCUGCAGCAUCGCAACCGGCUCCAGCAGCCAAUGUGCAGGAGUUUAAGAUACGUGUUCCCAAGAAUCUACGCAAGAAACAUCAUGUAAUGCGUUUCAAUGCCACCCUCAAUGUGGACUUCUCUCAAUGGCGUGCCGUGAAGUUGGAGCGUGAAAAUAAUAUGCGGGAAUUUAAAGGAGCCGAAGAAGAGAUGCCCAAAUUCGGUGCUGGCUCGGAAUACAAUCGCGACCUACGCGAAGAAGUUAGACGUAAGAAGUUUGGUAUUAUUGCCAAGAAAUAUAGGCCGGAGGCCCAGCCAUGGAUUCUCAAGGUUGGUGGUAAAAAUGGCAAAAAGUUUAAGGGCAUCCGGGAGGGAGGCGUCAGUGAAAAUGCGGCAUUUUAUGUUUUCACCCAUGCCCCGGAUGGCGCCAUCGAAGCAUAUCCCCUCAAUGAAUGGUAUAAUUUCCAACCCAUACAACGUUACAAAUCUCUCUCGGCCGAAGAAGCUGAACAGGAGUUCGGUCGUCGUAAAAAAGUAAUGAACUAUUUUUCACUUAUGUUGAGGAAGCGCUUGAAGGGUGAUGAAGAGGAGGAAAAAGAUCCCGAAGAGGUAAAGGUGAAGGGAGCCGGCUCAAAGAAAGCCAAGGAGUUGAAGAUUAGCGAAAUGGAUGAAUGGAUAGAUUCGGAUGAUGAAUCCGAUUCGGACAGUGAGGGCGAGGGUGGUGAAAAGAAAAAGAAGGAACUGGACAGUGAUGAUGAGAUGGGCAAGAAAAAGGGUAAAAAGGGCAAGAUUGGCGAAAAGAAAAAGAAGAAACGUGACGUAGAUGAUGAGGCGUUCGAAGAAUCAGAUGAUGGUGAUGAGGAGGGACGUGAAAUGGAUUAUGAUACAGAAUCGAGUGAAGAUGAACCUGAUCCCGAGGCAAAAUUGGACAAAGACAUGAAAUCUGUGGCCGAGGAAGAUGCCCUCCGUAAGCUGCUUACAUCCGAUGAAGAAGAAGAUGAGGAGAAUAAAUCAGACGAAUCUGACAAAGAUGAGGAGGAAAAGAAAAAGAAGGACAAGUCCAAGGAAGAAAAUAAAGAAAAGAAAAAGAAUAAAAACAAAGCCAAGGAUGUUAAAAAGGAUUCAUCAAGCGAUUUCAGUUCAGAUAGCAGCGAUUCCGAAGCAGAAAGCAAGCUUAAGAAAAAGGGAAAUUCCAAACCUCCAAGCAAACAGAAUUCCCGUUCCGCCACACCCACAUUCAAUAAUGAUGCCAAUAAACGUAAAUUGAAUAGCAUGCCAGGGGACCUUACCGCUUCCGAAAACAGCAAUAGUCCCAUUAAUACCCCCUCUAAAAGACCCAAAACCGAAUCCCUUACCACCUCGCUGCCCUCUACAUUUGCCGGAGUGGUUAACACAAAUAACAAAGAUGACUAUGGCAUUACCGAAGAAGCUGUACGCCGUUACCUAAUGCGCAAACCCAUGACUGCCACAGAAUUGUUAACCAAAUUCAAGAAUAAAAAGACUGGCGUCUCCAGUGAUCGUUUGGUCGAGACGAUGACACAGAUUCUAAAGAAAAUCAAUCCAGUCAAACAGACCAUCCAGGGCAAAAUGUAUUUAAGCAUAAAGGUUAAUAAAUAGUUGUUUUAUCUUCUCUUUUGUAUCUAUACAUAAGUGGCAUGCAACAGUUGCGCAAUUGUAUUUGUGAUGGAAUUUAUUUAAAGCGAAUAAAAGAAAAUAUUUUAUUGGAAUUUUAAUAAAAAAGUUAAAUCCACGAUAUAUAAAAAAA